AUGCCAAAGACAAGAUCAACAAGUAAAUCUUCAGAAUUACUUCCAUUAAAAUUAUAUGCAGCUGCUUCCCCUAGUGGAUUUAGAGUUGCCACAAUUUUAGAGUUUCUUGGAUUAGAAUAUAAAAUUCAAACUGUUAAUCUCAAAGCUAAAGAACAAAAGGAACAAUGGUAUCUUGAUUUAAACCCAAAUGGUAAAAUACCAACUUUAGUUGAUCCAAAUACUGGGUUUACCAUUACACAAACUGCUGCUGUUGCUCAAUAUCUUGUUGAUACAUAUGAUCCAGAUCAUAAAGUAUCUUUCAAAUAUGGUAGUGAAGAGUAUUAUAAACAAUUAGAAUAUAUUAAUUUAUCGGUGUCUGAAUUCGCAGCCAUCAAUUCACAAUUAUUCUUCUUCAAACGUAUGGCCGGCACGAAUGAUGAAUUUGCAAUUACUCAUCUUUCAAAUGAAGUUAAUAGAAUCAUUUCUGUGUUCGAACAGUUGUUAAGUAAGAAUACAAAGAGUGGAUUGUAUUUCAUUGGUGAUCAUUAUUCGAUCGUUGAUGCUUCAAUUUAUGGAUGGUCAAGAUAUCUAGCUAUGAAUGAAAUUGAUGUCACUCAAUUUAAAUUGUUUAAACAAUGGUAUGAUAAUUUUGAUCAAGAUGAAACUGUACAAAGAGGGGUAACUAGAUUAUUACAUAAUUAA